AUGCUGAGUGUGUCAUUAAAUUCACAGGAAAUGUUGCAAAUAUUAGAGUCGAGUGAUACCUCCAGCGAAGUAAAGUUGCAGCAUAUUCAGGCGCUCAAAACACAUAUCAAGAAGGAUUCUAUCGAUCUAGAUGAAGUUCCCAUGUAUCUACACAUCAUAAUGAAGGGGCUUGAAGUGAAGGAAAGCGGCAUUUCUAACGUUAGUUUCAACGCUUUGUCAUAUCUAAUUAAACGAGUCAGCGUACAAGACCAGUCAGGCAACAUUCUCAAACAGCAGAGCUUUUUGAUACUUCCAGUUCUCAUCAAUAAAUUAGGAAGUAAUAACGUGGUAGUUGCAAAGAAGGCACUUGAAGAUUACUGGUUAAGCUCACCUGAAGAAGUGGAGAAUGCAAUAAAUGAAAUCUCGUUUACCUCCUUCAAUUUGCGACUAGCAAUUGAGGCUGUUCAAUGGAUGGAACAGAUUGUGAAAAACGUUAGUCUGAAGUUCAAUGUGAGGUUCUUUGUUCCAGCAAUUUUAAAGUGUGUGUCAGAUAAUCAAGACAAUCAGGAUUUGAUUGAUAGUGUGAGUGCAUUGUUUAAUUCUUACGCACAGAAUUCACCCAUCCAGAACAUAGGUCAAUAUUUGGAGAAUCAAUGUAAGUCGCUUAAUAUAAACAAGAAACUAGCCAAGUCAAUUCUUCCAGGAAGUCGGCCGAGCAGUUCUGAGUCGGUUUCCACCCGACUGCUGGAGAAAAGAGAAGAUAAACUGAAAAGUCUGGCAAACUUGGCAGAGGAAGACAUAAAGUACUUCUCAUCCAGUUUAUCAACGCUUUUGAAUAAAGUAAACUACGACUUAGUGGUGUCAAUUCAACCGAAAGAUAUCAGCCAUGGUUCUGAACUCAAUCGUUUACUCGAACCUUAUUACGACUGUUUCGAAGGUAAAGAAACUGAAUUUAAUUGGAAGAAAAGAGAGAAAUGUAUUGUGGAAGUGCGUAUGAUUCUUCGAGGAAAUGCCGCUACUAGUUUUAGGGAAGACUUGAUAUCAGGCUUGAAAGAGUUUGCGAAUCCGAUAUGCAAAGGUGCAAAUUCGCUUAGAACUACUUUGUGCACCCAUAGUUGUCAAUUGAUCAAAGAAUGUGCAAUCAUUUUGAGCUCGGAAUUUGAACCUUGUGCCGACUUGUUAUUUCCCACAUUGAUGAAAUUAUGUCUAUCGACCAAAAGCAUUACAUCAACUAAUGCUAAUAUGGCUAUGUCUGCAUUGUAUGCCAAUUUGCAUUGCAAUAGCAAAUUAUUCCAUCGCAUAUUGCAGUCAAUGGAUGAACCGAACUUCAAGCCACGUUCCUUCGCAGCAUUAUGGUUGCAAAUUUUGCUUUUGAGGUAUGCUUUGGAUCAUUCCUUUUUGAACGGCCACUGCGGCCAAGCAAUUGAUACAGCCAACAAGUUGUUGGUGAAAUUGUUGAAGGAUGCUAAUCCAAAUGUUCGUCAAGUAUCGAAGGACUGCUAUUGGUGUUUUUCAAAGAUUUUCCCCGAGGAAUCAGAGGCAUUGAUGACAAGAUUUGAUACAAACACCAUUCGUGCAUUGGAGAGAUCCCAACGAGAAUUAGGUCCUUCAGCGACUACCUCUAGAAAAUUGUCGACUAAGGCUUCCGCGCCUCCAAUGAGGGAGUCCAUGUGGGAUAGGAUGAAAGAGCUGAAGCAAAACAGGGAAGGCUCUCGUAGUGCUUCUCGCGAGUCUAGCAAUGUGCCACCAGUGGCCGUGUUAAAUAGAGCGGGUAAAACAGCUAGACCGGAAAAGCAAGCCUUGAAGAAUGAGUCUAAUCGGCCAGCACCUAGGGCAUCAAGCUGGAAUGCUCCUCCAAAAGACCAGGCCCCAUUUGUUGAAAAGGCAAGAAGCAAAACAGAGGUGUUGAAAAAAUCUCCUAUACACAAAGAGGAUGAAGUGUUGAUUCGCCAUUCCUCCUCUGAGCCACCAACUGGAACAUCAAGAGUGUUUUCAAGAGACCAGGAUCCUAUGAUUGAAUUCAUGUCAUCUAGGAAUACAUCUGACCUAAUCGAAGGUGUAAAUUUAUUAAAGUAUGCCAUAAUCAGCAAAGAAGAUGUUUCCAACGCCCAUGCUUUGAAAAGCCGAUUGAGUUACAUUUCAGAAAAGGACCCAAUUGUGUUGAAGCAAUUAUUCGCCUCAAAUGAGUAUGUGUUCAAGACGGCAGCGAAAUUAUUCCAACUUGAUGACUUUGUUCGUGUAUGUUCCAUAAUUUUUACAGAAAUUGACCAACGCAUUUACGAAUUGGCAACCUCGGAUACUGAUUUUAAUGAUUUUUUCAUUGCUGAAAUACAAUUGUUGACUACGGUGAUUGAUUCUCCCAACAUACCAGGAAGCACCGCCUUCAAAUACUUGAUAUCAACUUAUCAAUUUAAAAUUGCCAAACUGAUAUUUCAAACGUUUCUGAUUGCACUCACCAAAACUACAUUUACUGACGUGCAGUUUGGUGAAUUGUUUCAAGAGCUAGUUAGACUGAUUGUGGUUUUGAAAAGUCUGGAAGCUUACCUGGACUUGAAACAACUAUUUUGCCAACUUUACGCCAUUGACUCGAACAAGUUUAUUCAGUUGUUGGAUGAAGCUGAGUUUGCAAUGAAAGACGAAAUUGAACUAAUUGUAGGUAUUGAUAGCACGGUGCUACUUGAAAAUCCGUUGGAUCACUCAGUAUUUGAAAUGACAGAAGUCAAUCCUGGGGGUAUUAAUGAUUUUGCUUUGCAACCUGCUGAUGAUGGCUUUACAAUGGUGGUGCCUAAAUUGAGGAACAAUAUGGUUGAUGACAAGAAUAAUGAUACCAUCAAGAGCGCGGCACUCGGGCAAAUUGAGGAGGCUGGUGAAGAUGAUGCAAUGAUGGUAGAUGCAGAAAAUGGUUCGCAUAAUAUCGUGCAAAGGAAGUCAUCAACACCAGUUGCGAGUGAGACAAAUCCUGAGGAUAAGGGUGAUGACGACAAGUUAAUAUUGGAAGGAACGCGUCCUUUCAAAUUGGGCAGAUCGGCCCAUUCAGAGACUGCUUCAGUACUAGAGCAGAACAAAUGCAAUAAACCACAAGAUGAUUUAGUUGAAGAUAUGGCGCUGAUUCAUAUUCAGAACCCCUCGACUCAAUCGACAAAGGCUCUUGAAUCAUUUCAAUCCAUGAUUGAGAGAACCGAUCCAUUGAAUUCACGAGCAAAAAAAGUUAAAAAGAUUGACAUCUUUGAAGACUCUAAACCAGCUGCUGAUGGUGUUCGCGAUGAGAAGAAUAUGGGGAGUUUGACCUACUAUUCCAACUUUUUCCGAAAGGGCCUCCCUGGUGAUUUCUUGAGCAUUGUUCAAUUCGACAAACAUUGUGAAAUCAUAGCCCUGAUGGUUAACUUGGAAGAAAAGACACAAUCAAUAUUGGUAGUUUCCGAUUCGAUUGAUUCGUUGAAUGCCAUGAGUUUUGAAUUUAGAGAGUACUUCUUGGCAACUGGAAAGCAUACAUUGUCUAAAUCGUUGUGGAGUUAUUUUGAGCUUGGAUUUCAAUAUGCAGCACGUCAAAUGACACAACAGGAAGUCAUGGAUGGGUUAUUUCUUCUCAAGCUUUUGCUGCGUUAUGAUGAGUCGAUGGAUGCUGAGGAGAUCUGGAAAGUAAUAGGGUACACAUGCAAACUUGUUACUAGAAUAGAUGAGGAGGUUUAUUUGAUUUGGACUGAAAUCAUAGAGCUGCUCAUCAAGUAUGGAAGUAACAAUAGCGAUGACGUUUCAUCAUUAAAGACCAGAUUUGAGGCAAUUGUAUUGGAAUAUCUUGAAAAGACAAGCAAUUCGAAAUUGAAUUUCAGCAUUGUCCAAUUAUGCUUCAACUUCCUAUCCACAACAUUAAUUCAAGAUGGUGAUUUAGAUGAAGACAAAAUAUGUCGGUUGGAUAAAAUAUUAGGCAAAUUCCUCGUCAACGAAGAGCCCAUAUUUCGAAGAUCCGCUAUCGUGUGCUAUAGUAGGCUAGCCAGAAACGAAUCUAUGUCCCCCGAACAGAAACUAUUUAUGGCUAGAUUGAAAGCGAGAUAUCCAAUUUCCCAGCAAAGGCUCAUAGAACUGUACACUAAUUAG